GUCUCGGGGACCAGGCUGCUUUCAGGCAGCAGGGGGGCAGCGCGUCUGCCCCUGGUCAACCUUGUAAGGAUGAUUCCUCAAAAAAAAAAAGCCGGUGGCGCCUGCUCGCCGCUGGGUAACAGGGGCGAAUCCAGGCUGUCCCUUCCAGGCUGCGUACUGCAGCCGCCGUCAACGGAUGCGGCAGGCCGUGUGGUAUGUUGGGAUUGGGACGUGGGUCACUUGCGCCUGCGCUUCGUGUGUGUGUAUGCGCCCACGGCCGUGGCGGACAAGCCUGCUUUCUUUGCCGGGCUGCAUCCCCACCUGGCCACGGACAGGGUGCUUGUUGUCGGUGGGGACUGGAACUGUGUCACCGAUGCCAGUCAGGAGGCGGCCCCUAGCCCGUCACGUGCUGCAGGUGCCCCGCAACUUGCCAGCCUCCUCGCCCAGUUCAGUCUGGUGGACCCUUGGGCGAGCAAGCGUGGCGGCGCCAAGGGCUACACGCAUCCGGCCACGCCCAAGCCGGCCACUCCUGCACGCCUGGAUCGGUGGUAUGUCAGUGCCACCGCGGCGCCGUGGGUGGUGGAUGUCGCUCGCACGUAUGGGGCGCCUGGGGACCACAACGGUGUGCUGCUCACCCUGUCCUUGCCCGACCUGCCACAUGCGCACCGGGAGCAGUGGCGCUUCCCCACAUACCUGCUGUUUCACCCCUCGCUGCGUUUGGAGCUCGAGCAGCGCUUGGAGGCGCACGUUGCCGCAAAUCCCGUGGCCAGUACAGGUGACGGCGCUUGCACGCAAUGGGAGUCGGACAAGUUCUUCUUGCGGGAGGCCGCCACCAGCAUCCACCGUCGGCAUGCACGCCAGACCCGGGAUGGGCUGCAUGGCGUGGUGCUGGCCGCAGACACGGCCGCUGCCCUGGCCGACCGGCCGGGUGCCAGCGCCGCGCAGCGUCAGGCUGCGGCCAUGGCCAACUUGGCGGUGCGGGAGGAGCGGGCAGCUGCCGCAGCGGCCAGCCACAAUGCCCGCGCUGCACUGAUGGAGGAGCAUGGGGAGCGGGGCACUCGCUGGUUCCAUCGGCAGGUUGACGAGCCAGCAGCCGGCGCGCAGGAGCCCAUCACGCACUUGAAGGUGCCGGGGCAACCGGCGCUUGUGGCGCUCACGGGGCCGGGCACGCGCAACACUGUCUCCGCAGCCGCCGCAGCCAUGUACAGCAGCACCAGCCCCACCGGCCUGUUCCGCGUGCAGCCGGUCUGUACGGCGUCGCAGCAACAGCUUCUGGCGGCCAUUGACCGCAAGGUUCCGGCGGAUCUGCACGCCGCCGCAGAGGGGUCCGGUGACGGCGCCCUCAGUGAUGCCGAGCUGAUGGCAGCGCUGGCUGGCUCCGCCAAUGGUAAAGCACCUGGGUCGGACGGGGUUCCGUACGAGGUGUACAAGGUCUUCUGGGCACUGCUGGGCCCGCGCUUGUGUGCUGCUGCUGCCGCUGCCUUUGUUGCCGCUGCAGACGCCCACGAUGGCGGCGAAAUGGCGGCGGCGCUGCCUGCUUCCUGGCGGGAGGGCAUCAUUACGCUCAUCUACAAGGGCAAAAGCCUGGACCGCGCCGAGCUGGCGUCCUACCGGCCCAUCACGCUGCUCAACUGCGACUUCAAGAUGGUGUCCAAGGCCGUCAGCGCCCGCCUGCAGCCCGCCCUGGAUGCAGUUGUGGAUGAGCUGCAGACCGCGUUCAUCACCGGCCGCUGGAUUGGAGACAACGCGCUGUACCUCCAAUGCCUGAUCGAAUGGAUGCGCCUGGACGUGGGCGCGGACGGCACGCCACGGCAGGGUGGUGCGCUGUACUUCUUGGACAUUGAAAAGGCGUAUGACCGGGUGCACCGGCAGUGGCUGUAUGCGUCCGCGGAGGGACUUGGGUUUGGGCCGCGCAUGCUGCGCUGGAUCCGCCUGCUCACUGCCAACGGCUCUGCCCGCGUGUGUGUGAACGGGAUGCUCUCUGACGCCUUCCCAGUGCUGAACGGCUUGCCGCAGGGCAGCACCGCCUCACCACCCCUGUGGGUCAUCCAGAUGCAGCCACUGACGUCCUUUCUGCGGCGGCAGGUGGAGCAAGGGGCACUGCGCACGCCCCUGUUACCCAGUGGCGAGCAGGCGCCACCGGCUGCCCACCACGCUGACGACACGACCCUCACGGCGCGCGACCCGGCGGUGGACGGGCCGGUCCUGAUGGCGGCAGUACAGCUGUUCUGCCGCGCGUCCAACGCCCGUGUCCAUCCGGACAAGAGCAAGGCCAUGGGCCUUGGCAGGUUUGCGCACCUGACGGGCCCUUGCCCACACACGGGGGUGCCGUUUACCACUGGCGCCGUGACGCACCUGGGUGUGCCCCUGUCGUGGGACUCGGAUGCGGCUGCAGCUGACUUGUACACCCGGCGGGCUCGCGGCAUGGCGUUUGUGGCGCGUCUGUGGGCUGCCCUUUUUUUUUUGAGGAAUCAUCCUUACAAGGUUGAACAGGGGCAGACGCGCUGCCCCCCUGCUGCCUGAAAGCAGCCUGGUCCCCGAGACCAGAACCCU